GCAGUGUGGUGGUGGUGGUGGUGGUGGUGGUGGUAGCGUGCGGGCGACCCUUAAACUACUUAGCGCUAAUUUCUGUGUUAACCUCACCAUCGUUCAUAUAAUCGCUACCAUUUCCGUCCGCUAUUUCUGUCCCCGCCACCACUAUGCUCCCGCCUAUAAAGGAAUGGCCGCCUGAUCACUGGUUUCUCAAUGCAGGAACUCCCAACAGGUUUAGGCUCGUGCAGUUACGAAUAAGCAAUCAAAGGAGAGAGUUGAUAAAGAGAGAGAGUAGAGAACGAUUAAGAAGGCAGAGCAUAACUGAAGAAGACGAAGAGGAAGAGGAAGAGGAGACAGGGAAGAACGAGAUGUGUAAAACGUGUAUAAGACCUGUCUCUUAUGAGACUGCCGGGACGUGCGGGCCGUGGGGACUUCGAGGGUCAUACCGGUCCGCCACACUCACCUCGCGCCGCCUGUGGUCCGCCCAGAGCUGCAGGGACGCGGCGUGCGGGGAGAGCGAGGCAGCGGAGACUGGGAACACCGGGAGGAGCUCGCCACUGACAGAGGAGUACGAGGGGUCACGGGGCAGCAGUGGGAGUGUGUCAAGGAACAAUUCUCUUGAUAACGUGCUCGGCGGCGGCCCCUGUUCCCACACGCAUGACCUGCCUGACCAGUAUGCCUGCAGAGUAGACGGGAAGGUGAACGACGCCAGUAUUAGCCAGGGGAGCGGCGCCACAGGUUAUGCCCUUCGGAAUGAGAUAACACACACCAAGUCCACGUCUUCCGGGGACCUCAGCGGCCGCAAUGGAAGGAAGUACGGCCAGGGUGACCUUCUGUCCAGCGGAGGAUUAACAGACGACUCCAGGCCAGUUCCAGACAGCAAACUGGAGCCCUCUAAGGAACCCAAGCGCCGCCCCUUCUUCUUCUUGCCUUCCGAAGACGAGGACGACUGUUACCACACUGACCAGGACCUCCAGAGCAAUCCAGACCUGUAUCCUUGCCCCAAGACCAACGGCUUGGGCGGUGCUGCUGCUGCUGGCCACGUCCCCAACCCCAUCACUACCCAGAUUACCAACAUCACCUCAACCUCCAGCACGCAGAGCAACAAGCCGCCCACGCCCUCCUCCCCGCGAAGUCCUCACAAGACCUCCGUGAUUGAGACUGCGGAUGAGAUUAAGAGCCGCAUUCGUUACUGUCUUCAGCGAGCCAGGAGCCGCAGCACAUCCCUCUCCGGCCUAGGCAGCUUCGAGGCGGGGCUGUACCGUCUGGAAACACUGCUGGACGGCAAGAAGGAGAAGGACGCGGCAUCUGUGGACGAUUUUCAGAGUCACCAGUACUCCAGCCUCCCGCCCACUACCCGUCAUCGCCCCACGGAGAAUGUGAUGCCUAAAUACAAGGAGGCGGGCACCAUCACAGAUGUGUGUACCGGAGAUAAUGUAGCAGAAGUCGAGCUCAUCAGUUUGGUACAAGAGCAAAUUCCCUGUUACAAGCUACGGGCCGACACCCUCACGGAGUUCUCUGGAUACGACAACGCCGAUUGGAGCGUCCCCUUCCCUGCCCUGAAGGAGGAGGAGGCGGAGGCGCUGAGUCCUGAGCAGGCGGAGGGAGCCCUAGCCUACUUCGUGUUAUGCGGGAAUCGUGUAAGCCAGAUGACCAAGACUUACAAUGACAUCGAUGCCGUAACAAGACUUCUGCAGGAGAAAGAGAAGGAUCUUGAGCUUGCUGCAAAGAUCGGGCAGCAGCUCCUGAACCGCAACAAGGCACUCGAGGAACGCAACACCCUCCUGGAUGCUGAGCUUUCCGCUGCCACCGACACCAUCACACAGCUCCGACAUGACCUGCAAAUGAAAACAGAUCUUCUCCAGAUAUACACGAACGAUGUCGACGAAAGCAGCUGUGAAACUACACCCACCACCAUCCGCAACAUCAAUGUGGAAGUCCUGCAACACCGCAUCAAGAACCUGGAGGAUGAGAACCGGUCGCUGCACUCUGAGGCGAAGCAGAUCGCCGAUGACACAGAGCUUUGUGAGGACAAGGAGAAAGAGUUGAUGACGGAUGUGAUCAAACAGCUCAGCGAUGCAAACCACCAGGUGGGUCAGCUUAGCGACGAGCUGGCCAAGAAGGUGGAGGACUCGCUGCGGCAACAGGAGGAGAUCACUCAGCUCCUGGCGCAGGUGGUGGAUCUGCAGUCACGGAACAAGCGACUGCUGGGGGAGAAUGACGAACUGGCCAACAUGGUGGGUGUGGCGCGUGACUGCCAGCAGGAACUGACGAUGGAGCUGGCCGAGCUGAAGGAGAAGUAUGCUGAGGUUCUCGACUUGCUGCAUGACACACAGGAUCAGCUGAGGCGGGUGCAGAAAAAGAACCUGCCAGGAAGUCGAGGCCACCACCUUGGCAGCAGCCUCUACAGCUCUCCCUUCAACUCUGGCAACGACUCCAUCGCCAGCGAGCUCAACUCCCUCAAUUCACUCGGGGAGGAGCAGGGCAAGGGCCGGAGCAGUAACAUGAUCCGCACCUUUGACAUGGUGCGUGUGAGUGGCAAACACUCCGGUUUGGGCUCACAGGGUUCCCUCAACUCCCUCGGCUACGGAGGCUCAGUGCACUCCACCCCCACCCACCACCCGCACACUCCCUCCCACGUGGCAGCCACGCACAUGACUAACAGCGGCAGCGGCUAUGCCAUGUCCUACCUCAGUUCGCGUGGGUCGUCAAUCUACUCUGGGGGUUCUGGCCACCCGUCCUUGGAUUCUGGCGCAGACUCUGACGCUUCCAUGCACACUGACUCUGAGGACAAUUAUCCAGGCAGCCACCUGGGUGUGCCUGGUUGGCCCGGGACACCGGACCUUGACUCCUGCCUGCGCCGCCUGCAGCCCGGGGACCGCUCCGGCACUCCCUCACAGUUCCUGCCAUAUGGCUGCCGCACCCCGGACUCCAUCAUGUCCACUGGGAGUGGAAAAUCAGGCAUGAGUUCUUAUGGUGGCACCAACACCAAUGACUGGAAGCUGCCACAGAAGCUGCAGAUUGUGAAGCCCAUUGAAGGCUCCCUCACACUGCACCAAUGGUCACGUCUGGCUACACCACACCUCGGGGGCCUGCUGGAGGAGAGGGAGGGCGUUGCCAUCAAGGGCGGCAUGGGCACCGACCUGAACCUGGAGGUGUACUCCAUGUCAGACCUGGAGGAGGACGAGCCAGAAGAGGAGAACCCUGGCAAGAGGUUCAUGUCCACCUCAGGAGUGUUCACCUACACCAACUCCACCGUCCUGCAUCCUGACGACCAGACCACCCCUACCCCAAGUGUCCGCCAAGCUCAAGUGAGUGUGUUGCCAGCUUCCCUAGCUCACAGCACCACCACCCCUAGUACCCCCAUCCGAGCCCCCUCUUGCCCCCCAUCCCGCCGCGGCUCAACAGCCACCUUCUCUGUCAAUACCGGCCUGGCCAAGGUCCUCAAUGAGCGGGGAAUGAACCAGCAGAGUGGCUUCUCCCCGACCGCCACACCAGCCAACAGCCCGUCAGCCUCCAGGCCAGGGUCCCCUGAGCCUGAAGGGUACAAGCUGCCAGGCUUGGAAGACCUCACCAAGACCUUCUACUAUGGCGCCAGUCUGCUACGCCGCACCUUCUACAAGAAUGACCCUUCAGCCCCCCAGUCCCCGACAGGCCCCCGGGUCAACCUAGUGGAGCAGGUACAGGCCAUCGGCGUGGACCGCUUUGUGGGGCUGUCCGGCGGGGCACUUACUGUUGGCGGCGUUGUGACCUCCAGGCCAGCCACCUCCCCUCUCCUCCACCUCUCCAACCUCAUCAUGAGCAGUGCCAAGAGCAACAUCUCCAGCACCACCACUGCAGCCGCCACCACCAACACCACCACCACAGACUCGGGCAACAACCGCCCCCGCACCAGUGGUGUGUCCUCCCCGCCCAAGGUCAUGUCCCCAGGAGAGCGUCGUCCCACCCUGCCCUCUGGUGCUCCCAUGGGUAUUCCAGGUCACCCAGGAUCAGGUCACCUUGACAACCGCCUCAGUCAGCUCAAGCCGGGCCAGCGGGCCGACCUGGGAACUGUUGGCGGGCGGCCCCGACCCACCACUCUGGGAUCAGUGCCCCCACGGCCUGGUGCCAGCGCCGCCGACCUGAAUGUUGGCACUGUAGGUUGGACCUCCUUUGGCCGCAAGGGUGGCCUGCUGUAGGCUGGUAUUCCUUCUCCUCCUGGGUGCUGACCUGCUAAGUAUUGUGAUUGUAGAUAUCUUUGACAUUUUUUAAAAUAUGAUAAAAAGUUUUUAAUUUAAAAUGUAAACCUUUGGAUCAAAGUUGCCUUCAUAUCCCACUGAAACAUAUAAAUCGUUAGCACCUUGCAAACCAGGCUGUGGACUCAAUAUUCAUUUCCCCUUUGAAAGACAGCAUUCACCAAUCACUUUUUGGACUAAAAAUAUUCAGUGAAUCUUUUUAGGAAAUAGAGAUCUAGGAUAAGGAUUUAUUUUAGUUACUGUGUAACUAGUCAGUAUGGGGAUCUAGGGAUCAGAAAUAUUAAUGGUGAUAUAGAUUCAUUUGACUGAUUUUAAUGAUGGUUGUAGGAAACAGGUCCAGAUAUAACAUGUACUGUACAUAGUGUUAGUUUUGCUUCCCUUGUUUUGGGCCAUUGAAGUGAACGGCACAGCUGCGGCCACACCACGCUUCCCACGUGUUGUUCUGUUACAUGACUUGAGUUCAGGUUUGCUCAGUUUGUGGUCAAUCAGUCAAAAUUGUGCCAAAUAAUUUAUAGGCGUUCUGAUUCUGCUGCUUGGUCACCUCCCCCACAGCAGCUUGAGUGACUUUAUUCAGGCGUGUGUAUGUGUGCUUGUCUGUGUGUGCGCUUGUGUGUGUGUAUGUUUGUGUGUGUGUGCUCAAAGUUCUAUCAGACAACAUACCGAUUAACAAAUGCAUUUAUUUACAUACAUACAUAUGUGAAGACUGCAACUGAUACUAAAACACCCUUACUUGACCUUCAUCUUCUCAAAACCAAACCAUGUUCCCCCAGUCAGCCACGGCCUUCAAAGCAUCACAUGCCCCGGGGAAAAGAAAGGAAUAUUCCAAUAGAGUAGAGGCAACACAUCACACGGUUCCCCCUUUUGGUUGUACAAGCGGCAGAAGGGAUCUCGUGAUGGAGAUCCAGGCCUUCUAGUCACAGCUGAUGUUCCUUAUGUUUUCCCAGGACACUUGUUUUCAAAGGACUUGAUGGAAUUGGCUCUCCCUCCCCAUGAUGCCCCCAAAGUCAUUUGUUGUGUGUGUUACCCGACACAUGCGUCCAUUUCCCGCUUCAUAUCUUUCAUUGAGGAAUGGCACAUUAUUUCCCUGCGUUCCGUAAUGUUGUUUCCCUCGCCCACUAGCGGCCCUCUGUCCCUACAGAUGGCCACACUAGUGCCCUUUGCUCCUCCUGUUGUGUUUGGUCACGCUAACCUUUUGGUGGGUUGCUCUUCUGCUAAACUCUGCUGGUUAAUUAGUUUGAUUCCUGUAGUAAUUGACAUCCCAUAUUGCCUGGUUACUAUUUACUUUUAUUGUGUUGUUAGUAUUGUUAUUAUUUUGGCUUGCAUGUUGGGUUUUGGACAUCUGAGUUACUGCCAUCUGCAUUUAGUAAUGUGUUAAAGUUCAAACACAUUUCUGAUUUUCUAGUUGCAAACAAGUUGGACUCAAGCUUCUGAGUUGCAUCCAUAAGUUGAUUCCAGUCCAUUCAUGCAAGAAAUGAGUAAAUAAGUAAUUGUUGGCUGUCCUUGUUGAGUAACUUCAGUGGUUUAGCUACAUCAGUGGUAUUGCCAUUAUAGGUGGCCUAGUAAAUUGAGUGGUUUAGUUUUCAGUAGUUUUGCCAAUUCCUAACAAAUUUUUGAAGGGUGACCCACCACAACAAUAUGACAGAUCUUGGAAUAUCCUACCACCUUCAUCCCUAAUGCACAACUUUCAUAACUAUACGACUCCUGCUGAGCGUGUUUGUGUCUGUGUCCGCUUGGUGGACAUCAGACCCAUGGCAGCUGAGUCUCGUGGCCCCAGGGAGUCUGCUCCUUCCCCCAGUGUUCUGCCUGGCAUGUGGCGCCUCUUGGGCUUAGUGUUGACAGCAACUUGCUUCUCUUAGGUAACUCUGCCUGGUAUUCUUGGUUCAAUGGGAUAUGUUUAUUUUCAGCUCCUGUACUUAUUACAAUUUGUGCUUCAUUUUGUAUAUAUUGCAGUUAGUUUACUUAGUAUGUUUUAUUUCAAUGGCAAAACUGUAUCUCUAGGCAUACAACAAUCCCUGAGAUGAACUGUACGUCCCUGUAAUCAGUAGAACAUCACCUCCCCCCUUUUUUUUUUUUUUUUCCACCUUGUAUAUAUUCGACUUAGUUUUCAUAUACUGAGAAAUACAUAUUCAAUUAGA